CUCUGCAGGCCAGGCCUGGAGAACUCCUGAGUCCCCUCACACCUGUUCUUAGCCUCCACGACAGUGACUGCUUACCUUUGUGCCUGCCCUGCCCUAGGGCUAUUCCACCGAUGUGUGUGUGCCCAUCUCCCGGCUACCGGAGAUCCUGGUGCAGACCAAGGAGGACCUGAAGGCCUCAGGACUCACAGGAGCCAUUGUUGGACACGUGGGCGAUGGGAAUUUCCACUGCAUCAUGCUGAUAGACCCGGAGGAUGCUGAGGAGUACUGCAGGGUCAAGGCCUUUGCAGAACAGCUGGGCAGGCAUGCACUGGCACUCCGUGGGACGUGUACUGGGGAGCAUGGCAUUGGGCUGGGUAAGCGGCAGCUACUGCAGGAAGAGGUGGGCACCGUGGGCAUGGAGAUCAUGCGGCAGCUUAAGGCCACGCUGGAUCCCCAAGGGCUCAUGAACCCAGGCAAGGUGCUGUGAAGGAUCCAAGCACUUGACCCCCAAGCCCCCAGACAACGGAACCUCCCAUCUAAAACCUUUCUUCAUGCCACAGAACCACUCCGCCUUUGCCCAGACCCUGCAGGGUCUUCAUCUUCCACCCUGCUGGGGGCCAGGGAAAAAGCCUGAGGGACUCGGCACUCUUAGCCCUACUCCACCUGUCUGGUGA